AUGACGAACCGGAAGGAGUGGCUACAAAAUUUCAGAGCAUCACCGAUCCCGUACGUGCUGUUGGGAGAUGAAGGGAAACUUCCUGUGAAAGGGGAAGGUGACCUAGUGCUGCAAAGUGUUUAUGGGGAGGUGAAGCUUGACAACGUGCUGCUGGUGGACAAGCUCACACUCAACCUCAUUAGCCAAUCGCAGCUGGACAGCGGUGGAUGCAAGACUUUCAGUGAUAAGGGCAGCAUAUGGGUCUUCGGUUCGGAUUGGAAAGCGAUAGCGGAGGGAUCACGCAAGCAAGGGCUGUACGAGAUGAAGCUGCACGAGAAACAGAAUGAGGAAAAGGUCACGUACCUGGCUGAACCGGAAGCGGGCAAGGUGGCUCGAGAUGAGCUCCGCACCAUGCUGGAAAAGGUGCCGAUCAAGGAGCUGCAGCAGCAGGCGCUUCCUAUGGCAGCAGCAGUGAGCACGGUGGACGUCAACCUGCUGCAUAGGAGGAUGGGGCACGCUGGUCAUUAUCGAAUCAAGGAGCUGAUCAAGAAGAACAUGGCAGCGGGAGUGAAGGUAGCUGAAGGUGGAGAGGAAAAUCUGAAGUGCAGCACAUGCGUGGAAGCAAAGGCAACAAAGGCGCCACAUCCCAAGCAUGGAGCUCGAGCUGUUGCAAAGGAAGCGGCAGCAGCACCAACUCCACUGGAGGAGAUGAUAGAUGGGAGUGAGAAGGAGGGGAUAGGGGCAGCCAAUGGAAGCGGUGACAAUGACGACUACGAAGACCACACUACGCCGGGUUUCGAUUGGGUGUGGGAGGUCCAGGAGCUGUCCUCACCUUCAACUGCUAUGGAAGAGGGUGAAGAAGAAAAGGAUAAGGGAGAAGAGGCGGGUGACAACUCAACGGAUGAAGCCGGUGAGGAAGAAGCUGAAAUUUCUGAUAUGGAAGAGAGUGCGGCUGAAUCUGCUAGCACGGACUACACCGACCCAUGGCGAAUCAUUGACACGGGGAACAAUGAAAAGGCGGUAGCAGAGAUUGAAGACCUACUUGCGGACGGUGCGAUCAUUCUCGGAAGGGAUAUUGAUGGAACUACCGUGCCACGAGGAGCGGAGGAUAGUGCAGCAGCAGAAAAAGGUGGAGCUGAAAAUGAGAAUGAGGAGAUGGGCAAAGAGAAACGGGACUUGCGGGGGAGCAGCGGAGCAGCAACCCGAGAUGCUACACCAUCGUACGGACAAGCUCAGCAAGAGAAGAAGAAGGCUGGUUACAUGGUAACCACGGGAGCAUAG